UUCUUCAAGUUCACAGCAUAAAUAAUAGAACUCAAUACUAACUACGACAAUGAAGACUUUCAAAAUCCCAUCACUCCUACUCGUUGCAAUUAGCUUUGUGGUUAUUGCAACCAACGCUCAAAACAGUCAACAAGACUUCCUUAACACUCACAACUCCGCCCGUGCGCAGGUUGGUGUAGCGAACAUCGUCUGGGACACAACCGUCGCGGCCUAUGCAUUGAACUAUGCGAAUGCUAGAAAAGCCGACUGCAGCCUCACUCCGUCAGGAGGAUCAUUUGGAGAAAACCUAGCCAAGGGAAGUGGUGCCUUUUUCACAGGUGUAGCGGCUGUGAAUCUUUGGGUCGCCCAGAAAAAUGACUAUACCUACACUAGCAAUUCUUGCACAGUUGGAAAAGUAUGCAAGCAUUACACGCAAGUGGUGUGGAGUAACUCGGUGAAGUUAGGGUGUGCUAGGGUUCUUUGCAACAACAAUGUUGACUAUUUCGUGAGUUGUAACUAUGAUGCACCCGGUAAUAUACUCGGGCAAUACCCUUACUGAUGCUGAUCACUUUAAUAUAAUUAACUUAAAAUAUGAACUAAUUAUGAAUAACUGCUUAUGAAGAAAAAUAAAAAAUAUAUCUCGUUUGAUUUCAAGAUGUAAUAUUCUUUCAUUUUCACAUAAUCAAAUGUUGUAAGGUUUGCUUUCUUUUACAAUAAAUCAAAUGUUGUUGUUUUUCUU